UGCAUUCUAAUCUGUAAAUUGGGGGGAUUUUCGAACAUUACUCACCCAAGAAGAUGAAAUAAGAGGAAAUUUGAAAUUCAUAUGGGUAUAUAAAGGAAGAAAAAUGCCUCUUGCUACAACAGUACCAUUUACCGUUCAAAAUGAAUACUCUUCGACCAGUUCUUUCAAUCGUUUUACUAGUUGUUGUUUUGGUCAGUUGUGACCAAAAAGCCAAUACAGGUGAUGGCGAUCAGCAAAAAAGUAUAAAUCGUGUUGUGAGGCAGUCUGAGACAUUAGGAGAAAUUCAAAGGCCUGCAGUCCAAGAAGUUCCAAUCGAUAGUAUGCCAUUGGAAGAACCAAUAUUGAACAGAAGAUUGAAAAGGCAUGGAGAUGAUUUAUUGGAUGACUCGAACCAGGAAACUGAAAAAAUGGCUACUUCUUUCAAGAAAGGAGGAGGAGGAGGUGGAGUAGCAAAAGGAGGCGGCGGCGGCGGCGGUGGAUGCAAAAAAGGAAGAAAAUGAAGCAUAACUAAAUAAUUAUCGAUUCAAAUCUCAAAAAGUAAAAUUCUGUGAAAUUUGUAAUAGAAUAUAGAAUAUGCAAUAAUA